CCCCGGACUUUAAACGUCGACGGACCAAACAAAAUAUCCCGCCUGAAGCAGAACUAAGAAGAAACCUCAUAAACGGACUUCAGAGUGAACUUUGUUGUCAGCAAUCACAAUGAAGUUUCGAGGGAAAAUCGUCGAUAUCGCGUGUCUGAACCAUUUCACCCGAGUCGUCACGACCAUCUCAAAGCUGACCAAGAUGUGUAUCCUGCGACUGACGCCAGACAACCUGUUCUUCAUUCUGUCUGGCAAAGUGGCCAACGGAGGCGUCAGCAUGUGGUGUGAACUGCCACAGGCCAACUUUUUCGACGACUACCAGAUGGAGGGCGUGUCCUCUGAGGACAAUGAGAUUUGUCUGGAGGUCACUCCAGAUAACCUGUCCAGAGCCCUGAAGACGGUCCAGAACGCCAAGGCCGUCAAAGUUAAACUGACCAAGAAGCACUGCCCCUGCCUCACCAUCGCUGCCGAGCUGCCCACCCUGUCCAGCAUCAGCCGAGUUGUCACUCACGACGUCCCAGUCGAUGUCAUCCCCCGAAAGCUGUGGCACGAAUUCAAAGAGCCAAGCAUGCCAGACUUUGAUGUCAGUAUCUACCUGCCUCCUCUGAAGACGAUGAAGAACGUCGUGGACAGAAUGAAGAACCUCUCCAACUUCCUGGUAAUGGAGGCCAACAUGAAUGGAGAGAUGAACCUGAAGAUCGAGACAGAUCUGGUUUCUGUCACCACUCACUUCAGAGACCUGGGAAACCCGCCGUGGGGUGAUGACGCCUCCCAGGAAGGCGGUCCGUCUCAGAGCCGGGACCCAGAGGCCAUGGCCCAGGCCAGGGUGGACAUCAGGAAGCUGCAGCAGUUCCUCAUGGGGCAGCAGGUCAACCCCAGCAAGGCCAUGUGCAUACCUGCAGCUGAUCCUGGUGUCCCCUCAGAUAUCGUCCACGAAAGGGUCGUCCAUCUGAUCCUGUUGCACGAGGACGUGUCCCUGCAGUAUUUCAUCCCCGCUGUGGCGUAGACGCCCCGCAGGCCGCAAAGCUGCUUCGACUCUCUGAGUUUGGGCUGUGAAGCCCUUUCUGAUGUUUCCCCUCACGGCGAGGAUUCCUCCUGCGUUUGAAACCCAUGACACUGAACUCAUGAUGUCUGGGAGUUUGUCCUAUGAGACCGAAGUUGGUUCCAGUCCUGUCAAUGGACCUCAGAAGACUUGACCUGCUGACCUUUGGUAUCCGUAAGGACAGGCUGGUAAAUGUGCGUUUGUCAUGGAGGAAAGCGGGUCAAAACGUGUGAUUUAGAGAGAAAGUGGAACAAGUUGCAUAUUAAAUGCUCAGAUUGUUUCAUGUUUUGUUUUAUCUCUCAGCUCGAUGAUCUUUUGUCCAGUUUGAUGCGUUUGAAUGGACUUGUGCAUGCAGACUGUACUGUGUGUAAAAUGCAUCCCUGGGCUGAAUGUGUAACACAAAUAAAAUGAUAAUUUGAUAAUCCA